GUAGGGUACACUUGGGACCUCACCGCUAUCAUCAUAUCAAACUUGCGACUUUUUUCCGCGUUAGUGUCGCCGUAUAAGGCAUUUCACGAUGACGACAGUAUAAGUAAUUUGUUCUACUCUUCGUUGACUGUGUAACAGAAGUGUUAUUAGAGCUACUCGUAGCAAGCAUCAACGCGAGAAACAUGUCCAGUGCACCGCAAAUGUCUAGCGGGCUUAGCAAGCUCAAAAAGAAACAUUUUCGAGUUAAACAUCAAAAGGUUAAGCUAUUUCGUGCGAAUGAACCUCUCCUUAGUGUUUUUAUGUGGGGUGUCAAUCACACGAUAAAUGAGCUUAGUCAUGUUAAUAUACCUGUAAUGCUCCUGCCAGACGAUUUCAGAGCUUACAGCAAGUUAAAAGUGGAUAAUCAUCUUUUCAAUAAAGAAAACAUGCCCUCUCAUUUUAAGAUCAAAGAGUAUUGUCCAUUAGUAUUCAGGAAUUUACGGGAAAGAUUUGGUAUAGAUGAUUUGGACUAUAAGGAAUCAAUGACAAGAUGUCGGGCAUUUAAUCCUUCCCUAUCAGAGAGGCAUUGGGAUUUGGCUAGAAGUGGAAAGACUCGUGAAUUGGUUCAGCGCUCUGCUACUACUCCUUCAAUAACUCUUUCUCCUCCUCCUAUUUUUUUACAAAUUCCAGUCCUAAAUAAACCACUGCGUUCCUACAGUUUUAAACCAAAGCGUCUGAGAUCACAGCCAAUAUUAGAUGACUCUUCUGGAAAAAGUGGUGCAAAAUUUUAUCAAUCUUAUGAUAAAUUGUUUAUUAUUAAAACUCUUACAAGUGAAGAGGUAGAAAGGAUGCACUCAUUUUUAAAGCAUUAUCAUCCGUAUAUUGUGGAAAGGCAUGGAAAAACUUUGCUACCACAGUAUCUCGGCAUGUAUCGUUUGACGGUAGACGGAGUUGAACAUUACGUCGUUGCUAUAAGAAAUGUAUUUUCAAAUCAUUUAACUACUCAUAAGAAAUUCGAUCUAAAAGGCUCAACUGUAGAUCGUGAAGCAUCUGACAAGGAAAAGGAAAAAGAUCUGCCUACUUAUAAAGAUAAUGAUUUUGUUAAAGAGGGAAUGAAAAUUUAUAUCGGUGAAGAGGCAAAGGCUAAACUUAUAGAAACGCUAACCGCUGAUGUCGACUUUUUAACACGAUUGCAUUUGAUGGAUUAUUCGCUAUUACUGGGAUUACAUGAUUGUGCGCGAGCUGAACAAGAAAAUAGAGAACGCGCUGAAAGGGAGGAGGAGGAGGAUAAUCAUGAGGAAGAAGAUGAUAGCGAGUCUGGAAGUGGACUUGAUUCACGAGGUCCAAUGGGAGAUCGUCUAUGGGGUUGGAGUGGCGUUGCUGGCAUGGCAACGCCUCCUGAAUCACCACAUGCCGCGUUAAUGCGUGACACGAGUUUACAGUAUGAAGAUGCAAUAAUUCCUGAAUUAGAUAUUUAUGCGAUUCCUAGUAAAGAAGGUGCACCUACAAAGGAAAUUUAUUUUUUAGCCAUAAUCGAUGUGCUUACUCAUUAUGGUGUGCGUAAACAGGCAGCAAAGGCAGCUAAAACGGUGAAGUAUGGUGCUAAUGUCGAUGGUAUAUCAACCUGUGAUCCAGAACAAUAUGGCAAGCGAUUUAUAGAAUUCAUGAGCAAAGCUAUAGAAUAAGCUCGUUGUUCAUUGUUGUUAAGCUUGUAAAUUUGGACCGCUUGUUCGAAAGUCGUGAUGACACUAUCGCUUUUACUGCGUUUGCGUUUAGUGCAUCGAACAUUUGUUCCAUGCACUUUGAUGUUUG